GGAAAAAAAAGUAUACUGUGUAGUACAAGUACAGUCCAUCUAUAUCAUAAGCAGAUCCCAUAUUCCCCGUACCUUAAGCAUCCAUUCCUAUAACUCCCGGUAUGCCAGCUUUUUCUAUAUUCUUUAAGCGGAUACCUUUGUCCCAAAUAUUCCUGUUGGUCGUCUUAUCAUUUCUGUGUGCAUAUAUAAUCCUGUUGCCGUUGUUGCCAUGUCGUGCGUGUGUGUUCCAUCCCUCCUUUGUCCGUCUCUGUUUCCCACCUUAUCAUCAUUCAUGAUUUAUGUUCUUGGCGUUUCUACCUCAUCGUCAUGUCGCCACGACUUCGUUUUCCAUGCCCUCCUCAUAAUUUUCCUGUGGUUAUCAUGUUGUUCGUCAGAGACAACGCUACCGAGCUUGACCGUUCGUUUCGUCGUUGACACCAAGUGCCAUGUAAAGAAAGGUACAACAAGGAAAGUACCACGGAUAUCCGUGACUGGAACUCGGCGACUGGUUUUGUUCGUAAACCAAAGCUAGUUCACUGUCCAUAUUCCGACCAUAUCGUCCUCAGGCCGAGGACAUGGAUGUGGACUGGAAAACGUGAGGAAGAGAAGAAGAGAAGUGAACCAAGAUGAGAGUGAAAGAAAAGAGAGAAGAAUGAGGAAAGGAGAGAGAAAAUGGGGGGCAGAGUCAAAAAUCCUCAUCCAUCAAACACCGAUACCAGAAGAAGGCACAACACGCAAACACCCAGAGGGCACGCAUGCUAUGCCCGCCCGCGAUCUGCGCCAUAUCGAUCUGUCCGGACGGAUGCCCCGCCCUGGCCCUUGCCGCCGCCUCUUCUCGUCUCCGCUCCUCGUCCGCGAACCUCACUCGGCUAUACGGAUCCUGAGACGGGGCGUACGUCGGCGGCGGUUGCCGCACUUGCUGCUGCGAGGGCUGCCGCUUCACCGACUCGGUUCCGGCCACGGCCGUAGCGUCCGUCCCCGCCGUGUUAGC